AUGGAAAUACUGAGAUGUAUUAAAGAAAUUCCUAAAAAGAUAUUAAAAUGGGUAAUUAGUAAUUGGAAGUGUAUGAUUUUCUUUGUCAUUUUUACAAUAUGCCUUUGUUUAUUAUAUUUUUGUGAUUGGAAAGUUCAUUAUGCAAAUAGUGUGUCAACAAAAACAUUUUUAUUUAUGUUUACAUUUGAUGUAAUGUUAACGUUGUUAUUAGCAGAAGUAAUGCACCCAGGAAUGAUGAUUCUUUUAACAUCUAUUUUACUUGUAUUUCUUCAAAUUAUUACACCCGCAGAAGCAUUUGUUGGAUUUUCAAAUAAUAGUACAUUAACAGUAUUAGUUGCGUUAAUUAUUUCUGAAGCAGUUGAUAAAACUGGUGGACUAAAGUUUGUAGGAAGAUUUCUUUUACCAGAUACACCACAAAAAUAUAUUUGGCCUUCUGCAAUACGAUUAUUUCCAUUUGUUAUGGCUGUAUCAUUAUUCUUAAACAAUACACCAGUUGUUGCUAUGUCUAUUCCAUUAAUAUUUGCAUGGACUAAAACAUCUACACAACCAGCAUCUAAAUUAUUAUUACCAAUGUGUUAUGCUAUUCAAUAUGCUGGAAUGAAUAGUAUUCUUGGAACUUCUACAAACCUUGUUGCUAAAGGAUUAAUUUUAAAUCAAGUUGAUAUUGUUAAUUCAAAAUAUAAUUUAAAUAUGCAAGUUACUGUACCAAUGUUUGAAAUAGGAGUUGUUGCUUUUCCAUUGACAGUUGUUGGAUUUCUUUAUUGUGCCUUUUGUUCGUUUUUAGUUCCAAAGACAGAAAUUGAAGAACCACCAAAAAAUCAUUCAGAAUUUAUUAUUCCAGUUAAGAUUGGUCCAAAAAGUAAUCACAUUAAUAAGCAGUUAAAAGAUACUGUUUUAUUCUUCCCUUCUCAUGGUAAGUUAUUCAGAAUUAAACGUGGAACUAUCUUUAAACCAAAACCAACUGAUAUUCUUCAAGAAGGUGAUAUUUUAUAUUAUCUUGCUCCAUAUGAACUUUUAAAUGAUGUUUAUGCAUAUAGUGGAAUUAUCCCUGAAAGUAGUUUUGCUAAAGAAAUGAUGAGUACUAAUAGAGAAUUAAAAGUUUAUGAAGUCUGUUAUGGUGGAAAUUCAGAAAUGUUAAAUAAAAAAUUUCAAACAUUUUAUAAGAAUCAUUUCUUUGGGAUAUUAGGCGUUUCAUAUAAUAGUAAUGAAGAUGCUUUUGAAGGAAUUAAUGAAAAUGAUGAACUAAUGGAAGAAGCAGAAGAAAAUGAAGAAGAAGAUAAAAUAAAUGAAAUGUUUAAAGAUGAAAUUAAUGAACAAAAAAUACAACCAACUUUAAGUUACUUAAUUUGUACAGAUUCAGAAUUUGCAACUGAGGAAUAUUUCCCUUCUCCAUUCCAAUUAGUAUUACCAUUAAAUGUUCAACUACCACAACCAAUGGUUAUUUAUAAAACUAUUUUAGCACUUUUAGCUAUUGCUAUUCCAGUUAUUACUGAUGUAUUAAACGCUGCUCCUUUUGUUGUUGCAGCAUUUGUUUUUGUAUUUAUUUUAUUAGUAACUAAUACUAUUACAAUUAAAGAUUUAUUUAAAGCAGUAGAUGUCCCAUUAAUCUGUAUUCUUGGUGCUUCAUUUGGGUUAGUUGAAGGAAUGGUAAAAACUAAUGUUGGAGCAUUAUUAGCUCGUUCACUAACAAGAGCUUUCUUACCUCUUGGUAAAUUUGGUAUUCUUUCUGCAUUAGUUAUUCCAACAAUGUUACUCACUCAAUCAUUAAGUAACGCUGCAGUAUUUGCAUUAAUGUUCCCUGUUGUUUGGGAAACUUAUUGGGGAACUGACCCAACUGGACUAGAACGAGGCAGAGUAAUUGGACUAAAAAGUUCAAUGUAUGCAGUAAUGAUAGCCACAUCUAGUGUAUUUUUACUACCAUUUGGUUCCAAUAAAACAUUAAUGAUCAUGAAAAAAGGAAAUUAUAAAAUUAAAGACUUUAUAAUCUUUGGUAUUCCUUUAAUGAUUUUAUCAUUUGUUGCAGCCGUUGGUUUAUCUUAUUUAUUCUUUGAAGUAGUUUGGCCUGAUAACUAUUAA